CUCUACUAUCACUCCUAUUCCCCCGGUAUCGCAUCUUUUGAAACUGCAUUUACAGUUUCAUAGUGUAUCGAACAUGCCCUCCCCACAUCCACUUUUUUACAUGUACAAAAACAUGACAUCAGAAUAAUUCCUAUCCCCCUUCCCUUCACUUCUUCCUCCUUAAUUUUGAGGUUUGAUAAUUCAUUAUCAAAGUUAAUUUCAUCCAUACAUCAUGGCUUCCUUUGCUUCGAGGUAUAUGCGAUCGAUUUCUUGCUACAAUCAUUUGUGUGGAACGAAACGCGGGUUUGUUUCCUCAACCAUCCCCAAGUCUGCAUCCGCCACCAAGACCGACAUGAAUACUACCACAGCCAAGCUUAAAUCAAGAGCCGAUCUUUUCCCGAUAUAUAUAUUGCUUGGAUUCACGGGUGGAGCUGUGUUUCUUGCAGUGAGGAGCGUUACAAUGCAGCUGUUUCAUCACCCUGGAGUGCAGGUAAACAAGACCAAUAGAAGCAUGAUGCCAGAGGUCGAUAGUCCAGACUCAGCCCUCGCCUCUGGAGACAAAUUCAUCAGCAAAUCAGUCCUCCGAAAAGUGGCUCACAUUCAGAAACGUGAUGACGCGGUGCCCAUGGAUGGAACUGCCAAUAUUUACUCAACCCGAUCUAGCGACUCUACGAACCUGAAAACAGUGGGAGUUCAGCCUAGAGCCAAUCGCGGUUGAUUUAAUUUGCAUGUGCGUUGUUGGAAUGUGCAUCUCCUAGAAUAAUAAGAUAUUUGUUGCUACCAAUGCUAGCUCUUUAAUUUUGGCUUUCUUUCAUGUUGCUUCCGUACACUAAUCAUAUAUACUUCCGAUAUAAAAGUAAAAGCUUCUAUUAUUUAUUAAAG